AUGCCACCAAAGGGUUGGAGAAAAAAUGCCGAGGGAAAGUUCCCACAAGGCCACAAAGACAGCGAGUUUGUCUCCAUAGACGAGAUACUAUUCCCAAAGUCUGUGAUUCAAAAGCUUGCAAAAAACAUUGUUCAGUCGGACGAUGGAAACAUGAUCAUCUCCAAGGACUCUUUAACAGCAUUGCAAAGAUCUGCCACGGUGUUUGUUUCCCACUUGAUGUUCCAUGCUAGACACAUUGCUAAAAAUGCAGACCGUAAAACGGUGAACUCGGCUGAUAUUUUGCAAGCAUUGGAAAAGGCCGAGCUUAUGGGCUUCGUUCCAGAGGUACAGCUGAAAUUGGCUGCUUUUGAGCACAACGCAGAGAUCAAGAAGAAGCAGAAAGCGGAGGCCAAGGCUGCUGGUAUCGAAAAUGACGAAGGUCCUUCGGCUAAGAAGUUAAAGGAUAAUUCGGAGAACAGUAUAAGUGCUGACAAGAGAGAGCAAGAAGACGAUGAGGAGCCCGAGAACGAAGAUGACGACGAUGACACCGAGGUAAACACCCAGGUCGAGGACGAUGAGGAUGAGAACCCUGAAGACGACGAAGGAGGCGGGGACCAGCGCUCUCAAAAUCCUAUUGCUUUGCUUAGCAAGGAUGACCAGGAACUCGAAGGAGAGAAGAGCGACACAGACCAUGCAGACACUACUGAAGCUCCCGAAGAUGAUGACGAGUAA